GAACUGGACUGUAAAGAAAACUGCUGUCAUAAAUCUGCCACGAAAUGUUCUUCUAAUGGUGGAUGACACGAGUGGUAUAUAUUACUUUGGAGGCAAUGACUUGCAGUACUCGUUUCAAGGCUACUUUGGUGACAUCAAGUUCUACAGAAGACGAUGUGUUUUUCCCGAAAAAUUACCUCAUCCACCUGGCAACCACUUUAUGUUCAAACUGAAGUUGAGUGAGAGGGAAGAAAGAUGUCGGGGCUACAUGAAUCAAGUUUCUAUGUUCAAACUUCACGCUAAAGAACUUUUUCAGUAUCUAAAAGAGUACAAAAAAUGUCCAACACUGUGGAUGAAAAUAACUGAAAGGAAAUCAAGACCGAAAAUUAAGAAAUGCUCAAUUUUAGAAGCACCCCAACCACAUGAAUUUUACAAGUUUAUGAAAAAAAAUGUAAGAAGAUGGAUCUUUGCAAAUAAACAAGUUGACUUCGUUAAAGGUUCCGCUACGUUGGUUGAACAAGUCUUUAAAAUUCUGGAUUCCAGUGGAUUGACCAAGAUGACUGAAAUUAUAUCAUUGCUGAAACAGAGUAGUUGCUACGGAAACGAUGAUGCAACGUUUCUACUCGCAACUUUGUUGAACCAUGGCCUGAAAGUUGAUGUCGAUGAAGUUCAGUCCCACUCCUACCUGCUGAGUGGCAGCAUGCGAUCCAACAGGCUCUCACUUCUCGCCUUGGCCAACAAGCACGUCUUCAGCCUGGAUGGAAUUCCAAAAGAUCUCGAUCAAGCAUACGUUUAUUACAUGUCGCUGGCCUACCUGACUAAACAAGAAUUAAACAUACAUGAUGAUGAUGGCACGAUAACUGAGUACGUUCGGCUGACUGACGAGAAAACUGUAAACUUGCAAACUGAUGAAAACGAGGAUCUCUUCCAGUGGCUCAAGUACCAGGCUUCAAACGGAAUUCAUAGUGCUCAGACGAGUUUGGCAAGAAUGUUAUAUUGGGGAUCGCAAGGUAUUCAGAGAAACCUGACAGUAGCGUCGAAUUAUUACAAAGAGGCUACAUCAUCUGGCAGUGCAUCGUCUCUUUAUGAUUACGGCAUUCUACUUUUACGAGGACACGGUAUAGCACAGAACGUGAGCGAAGCAGUUGAAUACUUUGAACGAGCAGCCUUGAAAAACCACUCGCAAGCUAUCAACACACUUGGCUACUACCAGUUGGUCUACAGGAAGAAUUACACAGCAGCCGCCGCAUACUUUGAAAGAGCAUUCGAACUUGGCAAUGCUGACGCCGGUCACAACCUGGCGCACAUGCUGCUGUCCGGCAUCUUUCCGGAGAUAAACAGAGUUGAAAGAAUUUUAGCUUGGGACUUUUUUUCAACAUCCGCACUUCGUGGUAACUUCGAUUCCGGACUGCUGGUUGCCAAAUAUAAUAUGAUUGGUCAUCCGAGAACUUCAAGAUGGGCUAGGUAUCUUGCAGAACAGAAUCCAUCCGUUGGAAAACUUCUCAAAAAGGGUGUCAAAGCUUUUAGGAAGCAAAAUUGGUCAGCCGCUUUGGUGUACUACCUGAUGGCCGCUAGCUCUGGUGUCGAAGUUGCUAAUUUCAAUUUGGCUUUUUUGUGUGAAGAGAACUACGAUUACUUGACAUCAUCGAUGAAGAAGGAGUGCGUCUGGAGGCACUACAACCUGUCAUCUAUCAGAUCAAACAAAAAAGGCAACCCACAUGCCUGGUUGAAAAUGGCCGACUACCACUACAUUCACAACAACACAAACCUUGCUGCGAAAACAUACGGAGAGGCAGCCAAGCAAGGAGACCCACAAGCUCUGUUCAACUUGGGAGUCCUGGUUGAAGACGGAGUGGCGGUGAUGGACGAUGUUUGGGAGGAGCUGCACAUCCCAUUCCUUGUAACAAGAAAUAAAGAGCUGUUGUUGAAUCACAUUUAUGAAAAUUGCAAGAAUUCACGUAAGACAGAAGCGUACAUUCCUUGUUUGUUGGCACUGUUAAGAAUCAGACUUCAGUUCUUCUGGAAGAAACACGUCUUGAAAAUCAUGAGCUCAUUGCUGGCCACCUCAACAAUCCUCCUCAUGUUCUUCGCAUCUCGUCUGCUACACAGAUAUAAAAACAGACAUCGAUUUAUUAACGCCAUCUGAUGAAGCAAUUAAACUUUAAAGAUAUUCGGUAGUCAAGUCUGAUUAUAACACCGGACAGCCUUUAUAGGAGAUGGAUUAAUAGUUUAAUAAACUUUUGUAAUGAAGACUUUUUAAAAUUAAUAUUCGAUAGGUGAAUAUUCAAUAUUAAGUUUUGUGCAUUAAUGAUGUAACUAAUGAGAAAAAUUUGUUUUUAAUUUUCAAAUAUCCUAUUUGUUCUUGAAAUUCUCUACUUGGAACGUUUCUUAAAUGACAUUUAAAAACUAGUGUUUGGAAAAUAUUAAUUUUUAACUUUAUUCAACUCAAACAAAA